AUGUCUAAACAACCACCAAAACAACGCACGCUCGAGUUCUUUCUAUCGAAACCAAAGCAAAGUCAGUCCAGCAGUACUCAACCCGCAAAGAGCACGCCCUCUGCCGCAAGCGACAAAUCCCAGUUGGCAGCCUCAGGUUCGAAAGAUGGAAAGAGUGGCGUCUCUAAUACACAGUCAGCAUCAAAUGCUAAUGUAAAAGAAGUCUCUUCGACAUCUAGUGAGAGAUGGCGUACUCAGCUCAACUCAUCAACAAGCGUACACAAUUCCAAGGAGCGAAGUACUUCCCCAGUAACUCCUUAUGGCUUCUCGUCUUCGCGAAGCGUUGCGAGCGAUGCCCGAUCAGUUGCUAGUAAUGCAUCGCGAGAAACCCCUCCCACUAGUGAAAUUAUGGACCCCAUGGAAGAGGAUGAAGAAGAGGAUUUCCAACCUGUGAACGAGGAAGAGGAUCUCCCUGCCAAAAAGGGUUCCAAUAUCACAAAGAAGGCCCUCUCUACUAGCACCUCUGAAAAGGCGAAAGAAAAUGUAAAAGCCACAUCGCGACCUACCAAGCGUCGUAAAACUUCCGAUUAUGACGACGACUUUGUUGUACCCGACGAUGAAGAAGAGGACGAGCCAUUCCUCGUCGAUUUAGAUGCGUCCGACGAAGAUAUUGGAACCUCAAGGUUGACCAAAGGAAAGAAGGCCUCUAAAUCUACAGAAAGUCUUGAUUUCAUCGACGACGAUGAUGACGACGUCGUACCAUCGAAAGGCAAAGGCAAGAGUAAAGGCCGUCCGUCGAUCUCUCAUGCCGCGUCUUCCAGUGCGAGUACAGGAGGACUAGGAAUUCUCACCGCGGCUGAACAGAGGAUGCAAGCCCAGAAACAAGAAAAAAGCGAAGCUGAGAAGCCGUACGAUUUCCUGCAAGAAGUUAAAGACGUAGGUCCUUCAUUAUUAUUCUGCCUUUCAACCGAUCUAAACCAUACGAUGCAGAAAGACGGAAAACGUCCUGGGGAGGAGGGUUACGAUCCUAGGACGCUAUACAUACCGAAGGGUGCUUGGGGGAAGUUUACACCUUUCGAGGUGCAGUUCUGGGAAAUCAAGCAGAACCAUUACGACACCAAAGGAAAGUUCUACGAGUUGUAUGAGGAUGACGCUCGAAUUGGCCAUCAAAUCUUUGACUUGAAGUUGACUUCACGUGUUAAAAUGUCUAUGGUCGGCGUACCAGAGAUGAGCUUUGACUUUUGGGCAAAUAAAUUCCUAGCACGAGGCUACAAAGUCGGCAAGGUAGAGCAAGCAGAGACUAGUAUUGGAGCCGAGAUGAGGACUGCAGCUGAUAGUAAGGGUAAAACUGCCAAAGCUGAUAAGCUUGUCAAACGCGUGCUCAAUAAAGUAUUCACGAACGGAACUUUGAUGGACGGAGAGUAUUUGAACGAUGAAGAAGCUGGGCAUUGCGUAUCUCUUAGGGAACAAGGCGAUAACAAAUUUGGUCUAGCUAUAUUGGACAGCUCUACGUCCGAGUUCAAGCUCAGUUCCUUUGAGGACGAUCCUUGUCGUACCAAGUUGGAAACCCUUUUGAGACAGCUGCGACCAAAAGAAGUCAUCAUUAGCAAGGGAAACUUGUCCAUCUCAACCAACCGCCUGCUCAAGAAUAUUCUUCCAGGAACUUGUACCUGGACCUCCUUGCGCUCAGUCGAAGGUUACGAUUAUCAGACGACCCUGAAAGAGUUGGGGAAUCUUUACCCAGCUGAAGGUGAUAUUGACAAUGAAGACGCAAUUGCUGCUUUGCCUGAAGCUAUUCAGUAUCUACGAACGCUCAACAUCGACUCGGCCUUGCUAUCAGCCAAAAACUUUGACAUUUACGAUCCAAUGCGUAAGGGCCAAGGACUGGUCCUCAUGAAUAGCGACGGAUCUGAUGAUGGAACGCUCUUGAAGCUGAUUGGCCGCUGUGUGACACCAUUUGGUGAGUAUGUACAAGGCACCAAUAAAUAUUCAACUGACUCUUCCAAGGAAAACGUAAGCAUAUUUACAUAUGCCAGUAGAUUGGCCUCUCAAACUUGGUAUAGACUAGACGCGGUUGAAGAAAUUAUGGCCCAUGACACCUUUUCAGCAGACUUUUUCAACCUUGUCAAAGGAGUACCUGACCUGGAACGGAUUGUAUCGCGCAUUCAUGCUGGUACCUGCAAAGUCAAAGAUUUCCUCAAAGUCCUAGAUGUGCGUCAUUCAUUGCAAUCAACUGCCUGUUCUAAUCCCCCACAGUCAUUUAAAAAGAUCAAUAAUGGUCUGGCCGAACUGGCUGACACGGCAUCCACCUUUGAGACGAGCAGCAUAGCUGGACUGUUGCGUUCGACAGAGGAUCUCAAACCGUACCUCAAGAAAGUCAAGAAAAUGUUUAAACCUCCACCUGAAGACUCUUUCGAAAUGGUACCAGAGCCUGGUAUUAACGAGGACUAUGAUGCCGUAGCUGAAGAGAUGAGAGAGAUCGAGGGGGAACUAGAAGAACGCCUGAAAAAGCUCUCCAAAACGACGGGUGCGACAGGCCUCAAAGACAUUUACAUGGUCCAAGUGAACGCCUCCGACAAGAAAAAGGUACCCAAAGACUGGCAAAAACACAAUGAGACCAAAGCCAAGUCCCGUUACAACGUCCCCGAGCUCGGCACUCUGAUCCGCAAACUGAAGGAAGCGCGCGAGAACGAAAAGACAGCUAUCAAAGCCUUUACGGCUCAACUCUUUGCCGCGUUCGACGAGGAUCGCGACGUGUGGUUACGCGCUAUACGCGUGACCGCCGAACUCGACUGUCUGAUCGGUCUCGCCAAGGCAUCCUCGGCCAUCGGCACCCCCAGCUGUCGCCCCCAAUUCGUAGAGAGCGACGAAGCAUUUGUCGAAUUUACAGAACUAAGGCACCCGAGUAUCGCCAUGACGUUGGGGGCCAAGGAGAGCAAAGACUUUAUUGCGAAUGAUGUAGCGUUGGGGAGUGCAAAGCCGAGGAUCAUGUUAUUGACCGGUCCGAAUAUGGCGGGUAAAUCUACGUUGAUGCGGCAGACAUGUGUAGGUGUUAUCAUGGCCCAGAUGGGCAUGUACGUGCCUGCUAGCAGUGCAAAGUUGUCUCCCGUGGAUGCUAUUUUGACGAGGAUGGGUGCAUACGACAACAUGUUUUCCAACUCGUCCACGUUCAAAGUCGAACUGGACGAAUGUUGCAAGAUCAUUCGAGAGGCGACUCCCAAAUCACUCGUGAUUCUCGACGAACUCGGAAGAGGAACGUCGACGUUUGAUGGGAUUGCGAUCGCGAGUGCGGUACUCCAUCACCUCUCGACGCACACACUCGCGCUCUCUUGUUUCGCCACUCAUUAUUCGUCGCUCACAAAUGAUUACGACUACCAUCCGAAUAUCCGCACGAUGCACAUGGCCACUGCGUUUGACGAUGACAGGCGAGAGCUCAUCUGGUUGUACAAGCUAGUAGAAGGCGUCGCACCUUCCUCAUUUGGUACACACGUAGCCAGUCUUGCAGGUGUUCCUGAGGAUGUGGUAAAGAGGGCAGACGUGGUGUCCAAUGACUUUGCUCGGCAGUUCGCGGCGCGUUUGGCGGGUCGUACGGUCGGUCGUGUGCCCGUGUCUGCGCAGGCAGAUCUUGCCUACUUGGCCAAGUUAGUCCAAGGCACGCUCAAGUUGGAUGAUAACCAAGUGCGAAAGAGAGAGACGCUCAAGAUCCUCAAGACUGCCGCCACUCGUUAUGGUACGAUGGCAUAA